GACACUCUGGUCCGGAAGAGGUGUUGGGCUCAGGAGAGGGACUCUCAAGGCCUUUGCUUGGACCAGCCCGGAGAUACGGGUAGCCACCUUUUCCCCACAAGGCGCCUUGGUCUUCGGGCUUAUUCUUGGCAGUGCAGCGCAUCUAGGAAAAGUUGCGGAGCGGCGCGUGUGUGAAGGGGCGGAAGCAGAAGAGGCGCAGGGGCAGGUGCCUCAAGGUGCAGCAGUGGCCCAGACGAGGUCCAGAGGAGAGCAGGUGCUGGCGCGUGCCAUGCUGGGGGAGCAUGGAGCACAAUCUCGGUUGCGGAGGGGAGGGGGCGUGCAGCAGGAGCCCUUGCCCUCCACCCCACUACUUCGAGCUCCCGCUGCUGCUCAGGGCCCCAACCCAAUGCCUGCCAGCUGCCUGCGUGGCUCCGGGUCCUCGUCCCGUCCGCGAGCCUGGGCUGGGGGCGGGGAGCUGCCAGCCACGUGCCUGCUUCGGAGCUGAAAGCUUCCGAGGGACCAAGGCCGAGGAGGCAUGGCUCAAGGACUGCGGAAGAUUCACCCAACUCUUCCGUUCACUCAGAUUCAGGGCUUUAACGCGAGGAAGAGGGGUAUGCUAAUAAUAACAAUACAGAAAUCUCGAGCGCUGGCACCGAACUUUAAGUAUUUCCAGAGCUUUCAAAGCACUUUCAUGUGCCCGAUUUUAUUUGAAUCUUACAAAAACCGUGUGAAGAAUUACCGCUAUUUCUAAAUGGCACUGAGACUGGGAGAGACGUACAACGUUCUACACUGUUUCUUACGUUUACUAAUAAUAUAAAAUAAUGGAGAGGGAGAGAGAGAAAGAAGACGGGAGAUUGGGAGACCCAUCCCGCCUUGGCAUUAAGACCCCAGAUGAGACGCAGGCCCAGGGCUGGGGGCCCAAUUGCAAACAAGAUCUGUAUGCAGUUUUGUCCGCUCUCCUCAGUUUUGUCCUUUGUCCGUUCACUUGAGCCCAGUGUCGUCCUCUUCCCCCCUCGCUCCCAGGACUUAGGCAUCGCAUUGACCAAGGCGCAUUGGAUGGGGGUCUGAGUCCUUCCUGAGAGCGCCCCCCAGAGAAGUCCCUUGGAAGGAAGGGCAAUGAGUGACCUGGCGCCCGUCUUUCGAAGCACGACCGACGAGUGCACCUCGGCACUCACACACAGGUUUGCCUGCCCCAAAGCCAACAAGCGGGCCCAGAAACAUGGGCCCGUGCGGUAGGCAGGAGAUGGGCGUGCCCUGAGCUUUCUCUCCCCUCUUAAGGGGCAUAGGUGGUGAGGAAACUGAAUGUAGUAUGUAAGUUGGCUUUGUAUUGAGGGAGCGCAGAGCACUUCUCAAGGGGAGGAUUGAAAUCUUGAAAUAAAAAGCCAAUAAACAAAACAACUUUCCCUACAACGAUUGCUAUUAAUGGAAAAGGCGUCUAACCUGCUGAAUUAAAUCGUUCAAAAGAGCCUGUUCAUCUUCGGGAGCUCCUCUACAAGGAGGGGAAAGAAAAUGUGAAAACAAAACCCAAAUCGAGAAGCCUCCUUAACCGGCCCCCGCAGUGUCUUGGAGGCCCCUGCCCGACCUGAGAGCACUCCACCCUCCCAGACCCCGGCGCGGAGAGGAGGCUAAAACAGCUAAAGAGAAAACAAAACAACAACAAAACGUUUAAUAUCCAAGGGGAAAAGUCGGAGUGGGUCUCCGGAUCUGCACCGCACAGGGCUCGGCUCCGUAGUCCACUCUGCUUGGAGGCCCGGGCCUGGCCAGAGCGGCGCGGCGGAUGCCUCCGGCCGGGCUGGGGAGCGCAGCCCACAGUUUCUCCUCUCCAGGCGCCCAAGGACCCUCAAGGCGCGGGGCGCACACUUGAAGCCUGAGAACGCGCAGACAGGAAACCCACUUCCUCCUAAGCAGUUUCUUGCUACCCGGAUGAGAGGCGCCCAACUGAAGCAGAAUGAUCCUCAUCUACUAAUAUCCAGAGUGGCCACAAAGCGACUGGCCAUUUAUGCCGGCGCUUUGAACAAAGAUAUUUGGUUACUGCCGGGGGAGCAAGUGCGCUUUUGCAUGGCUGAGCUCCGGGUGGAGGCAAGCCUCAACCCAGCCUCCCGCCCGCUCAGCUGCUCACGCCCGGGGACUCGCCCCCUCCCGGCCAGCUCGUCCCGCCGGGGUUCAGGCUCAGUUCCACCCGGCAACAGGCGGGCGGGCACUCACGACGCUCCCUGCCCGAGCCCUCUCUGAAGCAUCAGGGGGGAAAACAGCGUGACCCUGGGCUCGGGUGCUGGGGCUGUGAUGUCCUCGGAAAGUCAGCUCCAGUCCCAGAACCCCGCGUGUCCGGGCGAUGGGCGAGGGUCGGGGACACCAGGUUUGUUCGAGGUGGAGCAACUUCAGCGAUGGCCCUUCGCGUUAAUCCCCCCAGCUUCUCAGCUCGGGCGGCCAGUGGUGUCCUUGCCUUAGCAGGGGAUGGGGGUGGGGAAGGGUAGCCGAGUGUGGGUUGGAGGAGGCGUGAAGCAGGGGGCCCUAGCCCUCUGGGAAGACCCUGAGCUGGGGGGAGGGCGGCGCGGGGAUCUGGGACAGCCUCUCGGCGGCAGCCGAUCCCCUGCUCGGCGCCUCCUCCGCCCGCUGGGAUUCUCUCUCGGGUAGGGGGAAAGGGGGCGGGGAGCAGAGGUGUCCUUCUGACGGCGGCAGAAGAGGCAGACAGACUGACAGACACGCAGACCAACAGUGGAGCCCCAGGGUUCGUCCCCUGACUCCCGAGCUCCUUUGGUGGCGACUGGGGCUCGGCGCUGCGAAGCCAGAUGUGGUCCGGAGGCGGUGGGAAGGCGCGGGGCUGGGAGGCCGCGGCGGGAGGGAGGACCAGCCCCGGCAGGCUCAGGUGAAAACCCACCCGCCCCUGGCCCACUCCCCGUCCCCGCCCGGGGAACCCCGACCCAACUGGAAAGUGGUUCACUUUGUAACUCCGCAAGUUGGUUGCAAAGCGGCGUUCACCUUCCUUCCUCCCCAACAUCCCUCCUCCUCGGCUACUCCCCAUCCCACCUCUUGCCCUCCCCUCUCUCGGUUCCCUCCUCCUUUCCCUCCCCCCCCCGCCUCCCCCCCCUCCUGCGCGCCACCGCACCCCACAAAAAUGGGGGUAGGGGUUCCGGGGGAGGGGGAAAGAAAUGCUUUGGGUCGCGUCUCUGCCUCUCUCUCUCUCUGUCUCUCUCUCUUGUCUCUCUCUCUCUCCCUCUUUGAGACCUAAAAAUCCUGACAAGUGAAACUUAAAGGUGUUUACCUUGUCAUCAGCAUGUAAGCUAAUUAUCUCGGGCAAGAUGUAGGCUUCUAUUGUCUUGUUGCUUUAGCGCUUACGCCCCGCCUCUGGUGGCUGCCUAAAACCUGGCGCCGGGCUAAAACAAACGCGAGGCAGCCCCCGAGCCUCCACUCAAGCCAAUUAAGGCGGACUCGGUCCACUCGGUUACGUGUACAUCCAACAAGAUCGGCGUUAAGGUAACACCAGAAUAUUUGGCAAAGGGAGAAAAAAAAAAGCAGCUAGGCUUCGCCUUCCCCCUCUCCCUUUUUUUUCCUCCUCUUCCUUCCUCCUCCAGCCGCCGCCGAAUCAUGUCGAUGAGUCCAAAGCACACGACUCCGUUCUCAGUGUCUGACAUCUUGAGUCCCCUGGAGGAAAGCUACAAGAAAGUGGGCAUGGAGGGCGGCGGCCUCGGGGCUCCGCUGGCGGCUUACAGGCAGGGCCAGGCGGCACCGCCGGCCGCCGCCAUGCAGCAGCACGCCGUGGGGCACCACGGUGCCGUCACCGCCGCCUACCACAUGACGGCUGCGGGGGUGCCCCAGCUCUCGCACUCCGCCGUGGGGGGCUACUGCAACGGCAACCUGGGCAACAUGAGCGAGCUGCCGCCGUACCAGGACACCAUGCGGAACAGCACCUCGGGCCCCGGAUGGUACGGCGCCAACCCGGACCCGCGCUUCCCCGCCAUCUCCCGCUUCAUGGGCCCGGCGAGCGGCAUGAACAUGAGCGGCAUGGGCGGCCUGGGCUCUCUGGGGGACGUGAGCAAGAACAUGGCCCCACUCCCAAGCGCACCGCGCCGGAAGCGCCGGGUGCUCUUCUCCCAGGCGCAGGUGUACGAGCUGGAGCGACGCUUCAAACAACAGAAGUACCUGUCCGCGCCCGAGCGCGAGCACCUGGCCAGCAUGAUCCACCUGACGCCCACGCAGGUCAAGAUCUGGUUCCAGAACCACCGCUACAAGAUGAAGCGCCAAGCCAAGGACAAGGCGGCACAGCAGCAACUGCAGCAGGAUAGCGGCGGCGGGGGCGCCGGGUGCCAGCAGCAGCAAGCGCAGCAGCAGUCACCGCGCCGCGUGGCUGUGCCGGUCCUGGUGAAAGACGGCAAACCCUGCCAGGCGGGCGCCCCUGCGCCGGGCGCCGCCAGCCUGCAAAGCCACGCGCAGCAGCAGGCGCAGCAGCAGGCGCAGGCCGCUCAGGCGGCGGCAGCAGCUAUCUCAGUGGGCAGCGGCGGCCCCGGCCUCGGCGCGCACCCGGGCCACCAGCCGGGCAGCGCGGGCCAGUCUCCGGACCUGGCGCACCACGCCACCAGCCCCGCGGCGCUGCAGGGCCAGGUCUCCAGCCUGUCCCACCUGAACUCCUCGGGCUCGGACUACGGCACCAUGUCCUGCUCCACCUUGCUAUAUGGUCGGACCUGGUGAGAGGACGCCGGGCCGGGCCUAGCCCAGCGCUCUGCCUCAUCGCUUCCCCUACUGCCCGCCACACACCACCAACCACCCACUACACCGUGCGCUUCGACUUUUCUAAAGAACCUGUCCCGAUAAGACCAAGGGGAAAAACACAACGACCAAACUGCUGGACGUAUUUCUUUUCUUUUCUUUUCUUUUUCUAAAAUUUGCAGGAUUAUUUUUUAAAAAAAGAAAAUAAAACAACCAAGCGAUCCAGUUCUUUAAGGAGUCUUAAACAGAGAAGGACAUAACAAGAACCGCUUUGGGGGUGUCUGUUGGGUGAUUCCGAUGGGUUUCCCACGCUCGGGUGGGGCGCAGUUUGGAGAGGGCUCUACGCUGACAUGCCUCCGGACUCUAAAGAUGGAAAACUUCACUCUGGGUACACUGUGCCAGCAAAGUGGACUUGCCUGUAAAUACCAGGAUUUCUUUGAAGGGGCGACGGGGGGGGGGGCUGGGGAGAGGAAAAGACUCCUCGACAGAUCCCGCUUGCCACUGACACAAAGGAAAUGCCCCCUCCUGGCCCCCUCUGGCCACCCAGGCUCAGCUGAGACCGGCCCUGGUUAAAAUUGUUUUAUGUUUGAUGUGAACUUGUAGCUGUAAAACGCUGUCAAAAGUUGGACUAAAUGCUUAGUUUUAGUAAUCUGUACAUUUUGUUGUAAAAAACAAAAACAAAAAACCAGUCCCCGUCCCCAGCCCAUCAUAUUUUUUAUGGGCCUCGACAAAUCUGUGUAUAUUAUUUGCCAGUUUGGUAUUUGCAGCGUCAGUCUUUUUCUGUUGUAACUUAUGUAGAUAUCUGGCUUAAGUAUAGUUCCUAAGAAGCUUCUAAUAAAUUAUACAAAUUAAAAAGAUUCUUUUUCUGAUUAAAAA